AUGAUAUCAAUUGACGAUGACUUCGAAGAGCGGCAAGGAAGGCAAUCUAAUCCACAUCUAGAGCCUUUUGACACUUUCAUGGACUUUAAAUAUAAUGAUGACGAUAAUGUAAUGAACGAGAUUAACGAAUUCUACUCAUAUCUCGACGUAAGAUGCAUUCUCGACGGAAAGCACGAAUGGCUGGAUGCGGAUUAUGGCAGCUGGUGGGCUAUGGAAGAUUCUCAGCGGAGAGAUCUACUAGCUAAACUUCUUAACGCUAUCAAUGGUGAUAAAUUGUCCGAGAGACUGAAAGCUUCACGUAAAUUGCUAUACGUUAUGCAAGGUAGCUUUAUCGAGAGCAAAAGCACUAAACACCACUUAGAUUGCAUCAUUGAGAAUGUCAAGUUGGUUAGGGAGUGCGGCGGUCUGAACAAAAUAGCAUCCGCACUUAGAGCUGCUAUAUCUUUUCACAGUAUCGUGCACACUGAUUAUGCACACCUCGCAGAGCCAGACUUUAUUGAACAGGUAAAUGUCGAGUUGGGCUCUUACAUGGAGAUGCUCUACUAUAUGGUGCAGAUAUUGCGCCACGACAGCACCUUCGCUGAUGAACUAAUGAAUCUUGAACCAUCAUUGCCAACUUACCUUUUUACUUUGUUGUCCGGUUUACGCGACAAAACGGCAAAAGGAUAUCCAGUUAAGAAGCUUCUUCUACUAUUAUGGAAGACCCUCCUUGUUGUUUUUGGUGGCUGGGAAGAUAUUGAUUGUCUGAAAGACAUAUCAUAUGAACUCUUCAAAUGCAACCUGGCAGUCAAGGAUGACAAUACCAUUUUGAAGAGCAAUCCGCUGGAUUUACAACAAUUCUAUUCGCAGACUUCCCUCAAAUACCCAACUUACAGGCCUAAACAGCAAUCCUUACCAUUAAAUGGAUUAACAUUGGCAUCUGCACCUGCACCACUGAAGACAAGUGCGCCCAAUCAGGACAUCCCGAGUGCAUUUAGUGUUUCUGGACCGACUGUCUCUGGUGGAAGUACGUCCACCAUCAACACGAGUGCUCCAGGCAAUGGUAUCCCUGGAACACCACUACCAACCCCACCACCAUCACCCGCGUACAAUGGGCCAAAGCUGAAAAAGACGCAGUUUCAAACGGACCAAACAAAGCCUUUCAUAUUCCCAUUCUCAGAGUCAACUUCGACUGUACCAACAUCGAUCGAUGAAGCAGGAAGAUUGUUUGCUGCUCACAUGCACGUUCCAAUUUCACUCUGGCAAACUCAUCAAAUACGCAAAGACUUCGUCCGCAGUCUUGGCUUCACAAAUAGAUAUGCGGAAAUCGCAGAAGCUGAAUAUGAGAGUAAUGCGCCAGUGGAUGAUUUUGACACAUGCUCCGUCGCGAGUCAGAUUAGCAACCUUAACUCAGACCAUAAAAUAUAUGUCGACAAGCUGAUGCGCGUUGAGGUGGUUUACAGGGAAAUACUACCAUAUCUUCACAACUGCGUUAUUGUUUUACUUAAGUUGUUGCUCGCUUCACUUAACUCUCAAAACACAGGUGGACACGCUCAUGAAGGUGAACAUCCUGCAAUGUCACUCGAUGACAUAGAUGUUGCACGCCAUAGGGAAAUUACGUCGAAAGCUGUAUCCGCUAUCAUUCUGUUACUUUUGAAAUGGUUCAAGGUUUCACAUGUCAUGAAAUUCCAAUGGCUUUCUACACUUUUGGUUGACUCUAAUUGCAUUCUUCUCAUGUUGAAGAUGUAUGGUUUCCAGGAUGUGGUCACUAUGAUGCGAACUCAGCAUGAAGUAGAAGAACUUAAUUUCUUCAAUUACUGUCAUACCUACGGUACAUCUACACAGGAUGGCAGUCACAGGAAAGUACCUUCUAUAAAUUCGAACGAUGGUAUACCAGAUUUCGAGACAUUUGAGAAACCGGAUUUGCGCACUUUCAGUUGGCGUAACCUUUUCUCUACGAUUAACUUUAUGAGGAUUGUCCAGAAGUUGAGCAAGAAGCGUACACACAGACUGUUACUAUUGGUGCAGUAUAAGAGUAGUGCCAUGCUGAAGCGUUUGCUUAGGAUUUCUGAACCAAGAUUGCAGCUUUAUAUUCUUAAAAUCAUAAAAGGACAGGUGCCAUAUUAUGGAAGAAAGUGGAGGCAAUCGAACAUGAAAGUAAUCACCGCUAUAUACCUAAACUGUAGACCUGAACUGCGUGAUGAAUGGCUCGCCAGUGCAGAUGUUGAUCAAGAAAUCGAAGAUUCUUUACCACAAGAGCAAUCUUUACGCGCAUUUGUCAAAUUCUAUAAUGAAAAGUACUACAACACCCCUGGGGGACAAACACAUCACGUAGAUGUUGAAAAUGUUGCCAUGAAGGAAAAGGUAGCCGUCGACCGUGAGCAAGAAUCAUCACAAUCGGAGAGCGAGCAUCAUUCAAGCAGAGGUGGAAUGGUUGCUGAUGAUAUCUACGAUCUGCACGAAUAUGACGAUAUCAUGGAAGAUAUCCUUAAUGGUGUUGAAGGCGACUCCUUCGAUGCACAAGGUUUAGACCAAGCAUUGAAAGAGUUGAACCUGAACCAUCUAGAUAGGGGUUCAGACGCAUGGAAUAAACUUAACACGUUCUUAGGACCGGGAUACAUGGAUGACGUUAGCGACAGUGAAAGCGUUGUCACCGUCGAUGAUCUUGGAUACAACGGUACAGGUGAAGGUGAUGCUGAAAACGCUGAGAACCCAGGCCUAAACGAUUGGGAACACAUUAGCGCGGAUACAUUGUCGCAGCUUCCACCUUCGCCUAAUAGGGUGCUCAAGUCGCCGCAAAAAGAUGGCAGGAGGCUCUCUGAGGGUGAACAAGCUGAUGAACAAAUGUCACCGCCACCUGGUAGCCCCAAGCCACUACCAUUUGCAGGUGGUGCGAAUGGCAUUGGCGUUGAUGAAGUUGAGUUUUUGUAUGGAGUAAAUGUAACAAUACACGAAUUACUUAUAUAUUAA